AUGCCCACCGUCCGUGACCGCAUUGCGGCGUGGGAGGAGGUCUCCACGGACCUUCGCGCCGCUUGUGUGAAAGUGGCUUUCGGUGAAGACCCAGAGGCCCACGUCCGUUGUUUGGCCUCCAUUCGCCAGCCGAUUGGCGUGGCCAUUCGUGGGACACUCGGUGGGGGCAGUGCCCAAGGCUCCUUCGGCGAGAUUGCCGAUUUGAUGGAGCGGGCGCCGGAAUGUUUGUUGGCACAGCUGUCGAGCGGGCCAGAAGGCUCAGCCGAUUUGCUCAUUUGCGGUGAUAGUUCAUUUGCUGUCAUUCGCCAGAAGUUCAUCGGCCCAAUGAUUGAGCCUGAAAUCACGCGGAUGGAUUUGGCCCAAUUCCUGAAUCAGGACUCGAUGGCCUGGUGUGUUCUACCACGAUCAAUUCCGCAUGAUCGAGUGCUAUCAGACCCUCAAAUGAAAGAGGAGAUUGAACCAUUGACAAUCUUGAACGCCGGUGAGGGCGAGGGAGAUUUGCAGUUGAUGGAAUUCCUCUUCAGGUACCCUACCAUCUCGGAGGUUCGAGCUGCCGCAGACGUUUUGCUUUUGCCGGAAGGAAGAAGGGGCACCAGCCACGUGCUGGCUCAGGAGAUCAACCCCGACGACCUGUUGCGAUUGCCCAUCGAUGCAGAAGAAUUGGACGAAAGUGAGCAUGAUGAAAGGCAUCGCGUCAUCAUGAAAGAGCUGUACCCAGACUUGCCAACUCCGAUGGGUGGACAGGAGCUCGUGGAAGAGUUUCCAUGGGAAGUCCCGGACGAAGGAGACACGCUCGACUUCGACGAGUGGGAACGUGCCAUCGAGGAGAAAAAGAAGAACCCGGGUGCAAGCUCAUUCAUCCCGCCAGUUGAGGUGCUGCUUCCGCCGCCCAAGAAUGAGGAAGAAAAGGCCGACGAUGAAGCCUUUGCUGAUGUCCGCACCGAAAAGUCCUAUGUGAUCGUUGAACAUCCGGAAGAGGAGCAACCAGACUGGGACGGUGAUGAUGCGGACUCGGCGGUCUUCAAGUCUGUCAAGGGUUCAAAGGCUGAUGAAGCUGAGAAGCCCGAACCCAUGGAUAUCGACGAACAGGCCCAAGGGGAGCAGAAGAAGGCGGAUGAAGAAGCCGCUCCCGAAGGCCAAGGAGAAGUCGAUCAACCCAUCGAGGAGUCCCAGGGCGAAGCCGCUGAAGCGACCCCUGGCCAGGCCACUGACGAGAACACCAAGUCAGAUGACGCCAAGCCCAUGGAGGUCGACCUCACUGGAGACGAUGAUGCUGAGAAGAAGCCGGAGAAAAAGCCAUCUGCCGAAAAGCCCAAGACGCCGAGCGUGCCGGAAGGUUCGCCGAAACCCACACUCACUGAGCUAGAGAAGGCCGCUGCUGAGGCCAAGGCUCAUUACGAGGAGUUGAGUUUCGUCGACGAAAAGACCGGUCGCAUCGUUGUGCGGGGGGACAUUGAGGAGCGUGAUGCUCGCUUCAAGAAAUGGAAAGAGGCAGAAAGGCUCGCCAUUAGGCCAAAGGCCCAGCCCAAGCAGGUGCGGCGACCCAACCUGGAGCCCACCAUGCGAGCGAUCGACACUGAGGAUCCGAGCAAGGAUCUGGAGUUCGCUCAGCUCCCGGGGCAGGAGGUCUGGCUUGGCCCAGAGCAUUUGCGCCAGAUUCCGCGCCGUGACGUGGAGGCGUACGCCAAGACGCGACAGAACUACCACGACGAGGUGAAGAGUCAUUCCACUGACGACCCACAAUUCCGAUUGAGCAAGCUGGCCGAGGCCCGGAAUUACAUGCUGAGCAAUGCCCGCCGAAAUCAGCAACACCUCAAGGUGGGCGAGAUCAAUCUUAUGCGAGGCGCAGUCAAGAUGACCGGCAUUACUGAUGAGGUAGCCCUCACUCAGAGCCAAGCGUCCCGGGAGGGUCCGCCGCCAGAGCUUACCGGCUUCAUGCUGGGACAAGUGUGCAUCAUUAUCAAUGAGGAGAUGUCUGGUUGGGCGGGAAAAGGCAAAUCCAAGGGCAAGUCCAAGGGCAAGAAGGGCAAGGGCAAAGGAAAGUUUCGCGACAUCAAUGAUGAAGAUCUGAUGGCGAACGAGAUUGUCCAAAUCCCCAAGCGGGUAUGCCCGACGCCUCUGUGUGCUACGCGCCAUUACGAUGGACAGCACCGGUGCGACUACUGUCGCAGGGACUUGCAGAUCUGGUCAGAUGCUCGAUCAGCCAGCGAGCUAGCCAGAAUGGAAGAGACGGCCAAUCUCAAUGAGUCCGUCGUUGCCUUGGAUCAGUUGUCAACCAGAGCCUAUCGGAAGGCGAAUGUAGUCAAAGACACGUCAAAAGGUGAGCAGCAGCGAGGAGCCAAGUCGGCAUUCGGCCUCAUCAAACGACUUGCCGUCAACUACGUUCGAAAGGCCAAGCAGCUUGGACUUCCGGUGCCAGCCAAGCGGUUAGAAGUCGACCCGUUGUUUGCCUACAACUGCUCGACAACCCAGCUGACGUCAGGAUCGCUCAACUUUCUCCACCGAUUGGCCCGAGCCAUCUUCGCCAACCCUGGCCGAAGUGCUCAGGAGAGAAAGAGAGCCCUCGACGAUCAGGAAAGGGAGCAUCAUUCCAAGCUGUGCUUCAUUCCCACCAUUGCCCGGGACCCGACCGAGGCCUUGUCCAUCGAGGACGAGUCAUUCGUGUGCCACCACAAUCACUUUUUCAACUUGAAGCAGUUCUCGAUGUGGUGCUCACUGGCCCGGACCAGGAACGAGCCCGUGGUUGCAGUGGAGGGAUGGGGAAGCCUGGAAUGCGCGCCGGAAGGCGACGCCGUACAGAUCCUGAGUGAUUUGGUCGAAUUUGCUGAACGCAAUUGGGCCCGUGCCUGCGAAGGCACUGAGUACUCAGAUGUGACGAUCUUUUCGGGUCGCUUUCCAGAGGUGAAGCUCACGGAGCAAAGAUCCACCGCCAAAGAGAGCACGGAGACGGCCUUCGACCCAAGAUCCAAGGACAGUGGGAAAGACGCCAAGCUCUGCUUCGAGUGCGGCUCACCCGACCAUCGCGCACGCGACUGCCCGGAAGUGAAGGGUCGUGGCAAGGGCAAAGGCAAAGGCAAGGGCAAAAGCCAGUAUCAGGGUAACUGGCAGAGCAGCUUGGAACCAAGGCUGGGGACGAUCCUGGGGCUCAGGUUCAUGGGACUGGAGCCACUCCGGGCGAUCCUCUUGGCAGGGCGAAGCUGCCUCGUCAUCAUCCUCCGACUGGUGGUCUUCAUCAAAGGGAGGCUGGUGGAACCGCUGAGAAGCCACAUGAAAGGGAAUCGAGAAAGCAGAAAGGAACCCUCUUGCCAUGCGGACCGGAAGGUCGCGCCGGAAAUCUAUUCGUUGGCGUGUCAACUUCCAUGUUCACAUGAAGCGAGCGGGAACGCUCUGCCGUGA